ACAACCACAACCACUACAACAACAACCCCCACCACCACCACAACAACCACAACCACUACAACAACAACAACAACCACAACAACAACAACCACAACCACUACAACAACAACAACCACAACAACAACAACCACAACACAACAACCCCCACCACCACCACACAACCCAACACAACAACAACAACCACAACAACCACAACCACACAACAACAACAACCCAACAACCACCACAACAACACCACCACAACCAAACCACUACAACAACACCCCCACCACCACCACAACAACCACAACAACAACCACAACAACAACCACAACAACAACCACAACAACCACCACAACAACCACAACAACAACCACAACAACAACAACAACAACUACAACAACCACAACCACUACAACAACAACCACCACCACAACCACAACAACCACAACAACAACAACCACAACAACAACAACCACAACAACAACCACAACAACACCACAACAACCACCACAACAA